AUGUCUGGCUAUCCCAAUUACGGCAACGGCUAUAAUCCACCACCUUAUCCUCCUUCCAAUGCUCCUCCUUAUCCUCCUCAGGGCGCUGGAUACGGCUCCUAUGGUGCUCCAGUUGGUUCUCCAACUGGCCAGCUGUAUCCUCCUCCUCCACCUCAAUCUCGUGGCUAUCCUCCUUCACCUCAAUCCCGUGGCUAUCCUCCUUCACCUCAAUCCCGUGGCUAUCCUCCUUCACCUCAAGCUCGCUCUUAUCCUCCUCCUCCACAAGCCUAUCCUUCUUACUCAGGCCAAUAUCCAUCUCAUAACGCCUAUUCUUUACCCCCACAACAUCAACAAAGAUAUCAACAACCCACUUCACAUUCUCAGCCUUACCCUCAAUACCCUCCUGUGAAUGAUCCCGUUUUCGAUUUCAUAGAAGCCAAGAAUCCUCCAAGAAUUCCCACAAGAGAAAUCGCAUUUAGUAGCAGGCUCAGCCGUGACUACAAAUACAAAUACUCAAAUUGCGAGGGUAAAAGAAAGGCAUUACUAAUUGGUAUAAAUUACUACAACACCAAAUUUAAACUCAACGGAUGUAUCAACGAUGUUAAAAACUUGCAAAACUUUUUAUUGAAACACGGCUAUAAAAAAGAUGACAUGGUUAUCCUUACUGAUGAUAAUGAUCCAAGCUCAAGAUCUUUCCCAUCAAGAAGAAACAUCAUCGAUGCAAUGAAAUGGUUAGUCAGCGACAGUAAAGAAAACGACUCUCUAUUUUUCCAUUUCUCUGGUCACGGUUCUCAGAUCGAAGAUCAAGAUGGUGAUGAAUUGGAUGGUUUUGAUGAAACCAUCUGCCCAUACGAUUUCGAAUCAAAUGGUCAAAUCUCUGAUGACGAAUUGCAUGAGAUCAUGGUCAGACCAUUACCAGAAGGUUGUAGAUUGACUGCCCUCUUUGAUUGCUGUCACUCCGGUUCUAUGUUAGAUCUACCUUACACUUACAACACAAAGGGUGUAUUAAAAGAACCAAAUUUAAUGAACGAGUUAGGUCAAGGUUUACUACCAAUCUUCGGCAGCUAUGCCAAAGGUGAUAAAGAAAAAGCUUUAAAAUCGGUUUUUAAAUUGGUGAAAAAUGCUGUUACUAUAACUAAUAACGCUGGUGCAAUUGAAAAAACAAAGAAAACAAAAACUUCUCCUGCAGAUGUUAUUAUGUUAAGUGGUUGUAAAGACGAUCAAACUAGUGCUGAUGCCCACAUUGGAGGUGAAGCAACAGGUGCCAUGUCUUAUGCGUUUAUUCAGGUCAUGAAUACUGGUAAAAAACAAUCCUAUUUAACUUUAUUGCAAAACACAAGAAAGGUUUUAGAAGCAAAAUACAGUCAAAAGCCUCAGUUAAGUGCUAGUCACCCAAUUGACACUAAUCUUGAAUUCAUCUUUUAA